GACGCUUGAUGACUCCAUUUCCUUGAGCUUUCCAUUUUGCCUCCUUUUCUUGUGCUGUGGUCGAAGUUGCUACUUUUGUGGUUGUGUCAAUGUCCCGAGGCAAAACAACAACAUGAGUUCUCUCGAUUCGCGUCGUCCUUUGACUCCUAUACCGCUACAAUGUUAUCAUGUUUGAGAAAUAAAACUACUAUAAUUUUUAUCAUAAAUAAAUAAAUUACAUUUAAAGAAUAUAUACAAUACAUAUGUACAAUGUCUUUUAAUCGAGGAAUAAAACGUGAUUCCUUUGGGAAUCGAAACUUUAAUAAUCGUGGAGGUGGUGGUGGUGGAGGUGGCGGAGGAAGGGUUGGAAAUAUGGGAGGAAGUGGUGGAGGUAUGGGUGGCAAUAUGAGUGGUGGAAUGGGAGGGGGUGGAGGAGGUGGUGGAGGCGGAGGUAGCGGUGGAAGUGGUGGAAUGAAUCCUUGGGAAGGAGGAAUGAUGCCCGGCAGAGGAAUCUUACCAACACCUAAUAAUAAUUUAUCUUUAGCAUCGCCACAAGCACAACUAGCAAUAGCUAGUAAUCUCCUUUCAAACUUACUUCGCAGUCAGCAAGAAGUACAACCACAACAGGUACCAUCACUUCUCAGCCUCGGAAAUAACUUUAGCGGACCAGGACCUAACUUUCCAAAUCAGCAGAACUUUUCUUCUGGGCGUUUUAAUGAUCGUCCUGUUAGGCAUCCUAUGAAGAAUCAACGACCACAACCAUAUAACAAGAUGGGCAAUCGCGCCCGUGAUGGCCCUGCUGGGCGACGUGGUCCAUCUGCACAACAAUCUCGUGCACCCCAGUCUGGCAAUCAGCGUAUGAAUGGAAACCAAACUCAACAUCACAACGAUAAAUCUUCUAAACCAAUUCCUGCCUCUAAACAAAAUCAGACUGCCAAAAAGGAACAGCAGGACGUUAAGACCUCUGAUAAUGAAAAAACAGAAGCACCUGCUGUAACAAGUGGAGUGAAUGAAGAAUCUGAUGACAAGAAAGCUGAUCGGAAGGAUACUAAAAAGGAAUCCGAAGAUGUUCAAAUUUUAGAAGCUGAGGAAACAGAAGAAAAGCCUCAAGAUGAUGAAGAACAAAAGCCAGACAAACCUGCAACAGAAGAAACACCACCGAAAGAAGCAAAUACAUCUACAACGGAGAAGGAUUCAAAAUUGACAGGCAAAAAAUCGGAAGCAAGACACGCUGAAAGUCGUUAUGCAGAGGUUCCAAUGAGUCAUAUGUUCUGUCACAUUUGUAACAAACAUAUGUGGGAUGGAUAUUCUUUCGAAAAUCAUUUACGCGGGCGAGCACAUCAGUUGAUGAUGGAAAAGUUAGAUGAAUCAUAUAAAUUAAAGGUUGAUCUCAUGCGGCACGAAUUAAGAGUAGCAGAAGAACAACGCGAACUUAGUCUGACUAAUUCGAAACGUCGUGGUAAAAAAGUGUCUGUAGAUUUGAAUGUACGUGAAUAUUGCACAAUGUGUGACUUGAAUUUUUAUGGAACAUUAUCCACGCACAGAAAGAGUGAGAAACAUCAACAGCUAAAAACAUUUUUGCAUCCAAGAUGUUUCCCAUGUUUGAAAGAAUUCCCAUCGCGUAUUGAAUACGAUGAACAUUGUUUAACUCCUGGACACAUGAAGAAAGCUGUGCAGUGUGAAGAACAACGAAAAAAUAAAAAGAAAGAAAAACUUGCAAAAGGAGAAUCUGAAGUGCGUACUGCAGAAGAUGAAGAAAAAGAUGUUGGUUCUGACAAUAAAAAUGAAAAGGAGGAAGAUGCUAUAGAAGAACAGGAAUAUGUUACGGAUAUUGCUGAGAAUUUGAGUGAAAAGAAAUUCAAAAUUCCAUCUUAUAAAUAUUGUCGACAAAAUCAAGUUUCCAUUGGAAAAUCUAUGGUGAAAGAAGUUCAAGGAUUUUAUUGUGAAAAAUGUAGAAGAUUCAUGCUGUUAGCUGAAGAUAUGAAUGCUCAUUUACGUAGUAUUACUCAUUACCGAAAUUUCGUGCAAGAAGUAAAGGCUUUAACAUCGAGUACGGAAACUACAGAACAAAGAUCAACAGAAAAACUUGAGACUAACGACGACUCUCUAGAAAAUGACAAGGAAUAUGACGGAAGCUGGAAACGUCGUAAAGUAGUUCACUCUGAAGACGAGAAUAAUGUGGAAAUGAAAGAAGUACAAGAAAACAAUGUUGAAAAUGCAAAUGCUCAAAAGAAAACUGACGGAGAUGAAAAGUAUGAUCCGCUUGAAGCUGAUGCAGAAUCUGAGGAAGAAGAAACUCGUGAAGCGGAAAAGAGCGGAAAACAGCCUUCGCAAAAUACUGUUAAUACUCCAGAAAAGAAGACACCAGUUGAUAAAAUAUGGGCCGAUAUUGAUAAUGAUAACGAGGCGGAAAUAGGUAAUUUAAUUGACAAUGAAGAUGAAAAAGAACAGGUUGAUCAUGAAAAAUCUAUUCAGAAGUUAGACAGAGAUCUAAAUCCGCAAGUGAAGCUAACACGUGGUCGAGGUUUCUCUCGUGGACGCGGUACUCCUCGAGCACGAAGGGCUCGACGAUAAAGUGAUCUCUAUCGUAAAUUAGAGUAAGCUUGAGUAUAUUUCAUAAUUACGUCCCUUAAUAUAUCUACUAUCAAGUUUCAUUUAUUUACUUGAUAUAUUAAAGACAUCAAUGUUUAAAUAAUUUGGUUUAUUACAUCUUUUAACAGAAUGAAAGAAAUUAUUUUAAUCAAAUGUUUAUGAUUAUCGUUUUACAUGUAUAAAAUGUAUCUUUUUAUAUGUGUGAAUAUUAUAUACUAUAUACUAUUGUAUAAUAUAUAUAUAUAUAUAUAUAUGUAUAUAUAUAUAUAUAUAUAUAUAUAAUAUUAUAUACUAUAAAUAUUCAUAAUAUAUCAAUAUAAAUAUUGAUUUGCCCAAGCUUAUUCAAAGCUUUCUAAUUACACAUUAUCACUUACAGAGAACUGUACUAUGUACGAUUGUUAAAGAAAAUAAUGCAUUUUCAAAGUAUGGAGGAGAACUACACGCGUAUUGAUAUUGAUUAUCUUGUAACUACUCUGUAUUAAGGAAUACUAUUAAUAUUCAACUAAUUAAUACAUCUUUAUCAUUUUUAAGUAACAAUCACAAUAUGAAACUCUAUUAUAAAAAAUUCAUUCCUGAGUAUAAUAAAAAAUCCAAAAAUACCUUGCAAUAAAUUUAAGAUGUUGAUAAAAAUUUUAUCCGAUUUAAGUUUAACUGUAGUAAAUCAAAGUUUAUAUUGAUAAACAAGAGAAAUAAUCGUACUUUCAUUUCCUUUAUCAUAAUACAGUAGGAGUUUCAUUAUAGAAUUAUAUCUUUUAUGACACAUAAGGCGUUGUAAAAAAGAAUUAAUAUAAAAGAUGCAUACUGCUCGAUAAUUGUCCUAUGGAAUACCGAAAUUUCUAAUUCCCACACAAUACACACACUUUAUAUUUGUAGUCCCUAUAAAGUAAUUUUAUUUGUAAUAAAAUUUGCGCCCAUGAAAGAGAUGGCUUUAAUAGCCAUAUAAUACUUUAAUAACAAGUUAUAUAUAACUUUCAUAAUUUCUUUAUAUUAAUCAUGUUUAUUUAUGUAAGUAUCAUGCAAAACCUAUAUCUAUACUAGAACAUAAUAAAAACCUAACAUUAUUCUUGAAUCAUCUAAAUAACUUUUCAUUCCAACAUUGGAUUCUUCUGUAUUAGUGUGUAGAAAAUAUAAAACAAUAAAUGGUCUAAAAAAUAA